AUGGUUGCCUCUCUAUACAACAAGGUGCAGCAGCAGCAGCAGCAGCAGCAGCAGCACCUGCUUCGCCUGAAACCUCUCUGCACUCAUUGGGGGCCCCUUGGCUUUCACGCUCCACGCCUUGCUGCUGCUGCUGCUGCUGCUGAUUACCUGGGGAGCAGCAGCAGCAGCAGCAGCAGCAGCAGCAGCAGCAGCGGAGUAGUGUGCCGGUGGCUUCGCCCCCGCCCAGUGUAUACGACUGAUCUCUGGCGCAGCAGCAGCAACAGCAGCAGCAGCAGCAGCAGCACAGCAGCAAAAGGUAUUCCUCACUUCUAUCGGUGGCUAUGCAACCAAUUCCCUACCUGCGUGCAGCCCCUACAAAGAUAUGUAUGGCGCAGAGCAGCAAGACCCAGCAGCAGCAGCAGCAGCAGCAGCAGCAGCAGCAGCAGCAGCAGCAGCAGCAGCAAGAGCAGCACGGCUAAGGAUCUUGCAAGGGAACGUAUGCUGCAGCAGCUCCUUAAAGAGGAUGAAUUGCUGCUGCAGCAGUAUCGAGGGGAAGAUGCAGCAGCAGCAGCAGCAGCAGCAGCAGCAGCAGACUCCUUCAGUUUGUUGCAGCGCAACCGAGACAACCAACAGCAGCAGCAGCAGCAGCAGCAGCAGCAGCAGCAGCAGCAGCAAGUGCCUAUCGAUGCCUUGCUGAUAGAUUUCAAUGCUCUGAUGCAUCUCUGUAUUCACGGCCACCUUCCUUCUUCUCUCCCCGCCCUCACUUUGCUGCAGCAGCAGCAGCAGCAGCAGCAGCAACAGCAGCAGCAGCAGCAGCAGCCACAAGAACAACAACAACUCCUACAGCAACAACAACAACAACAACAGCAGCAGCAGCAGCAGCAUCAGCAGCAGCAGCAGCAUGUGCUGCAGCCCCUGCAGCCGCUGCAGCAGCAGCACAUCCCGCUGCUGCUGCAGCGUGUGUUUUCUUACUUAGAUUUGUUGGUGCGGCUGGUGCGGCCUCGUUCUCUUCUUUGUAUAACCCUGGAUGGGGUCCCCCCAGUAGCAAAGCUCUCGCAGCAGCGCAGCAGACGUUUCAGGCAGCAGCAGCAGCAGCAGCUGCUGCUGCAGCACCAACUACAGCAGCAGCAAGAUCUACUCCGUGCAGAUGCAGCAGCAGCAGCAGCUGCUGCUGCUGCUGCUGCAACACACACUGCAACAGCCUCUCGACCCCAACCCCCCCCCACCCCACGACCACCACCAGCACCAGCACCACCACCAGCACCACCACCACCAGCAGCAGCAGCAGCAGAAGCAGCAGCAGCAGCAGCAGCAGAUGAUAGAUUUGAUAUAAAUAGUAUUGGCCCAGGCACUCGUUUUAUGUUUGUUGCCGAAGCAGCACUAAAAAGAUAUAUUUCAUACAAACAAAAAAACAGCAGAGUUUGGGGCUGCAUGCGCGCAGUUAUACUUAGCGGGGCAGAUGUACCCGGUGAAGGAGAACAUAAACUCAUGCAGCUGCUGACGCGGGGGUGCUGGGGGCCCCCCAGUGGGGCCCUUGCUGAGGCCUGGAGCAGCGAGGUACAGCAGCAGCAGCAGCAGCAGCAGCAGCAGCAGCAGCAGCAGCAGCAGCAGCAGCAGCAGUGCGAAUGCUUUGUAGAAAUAGAGAUGCUGGAACGAAAUUCAGACUGCUGCUGCCGCCAUCAUUUGAAGCAUGCGAAGAAAAGAAUGCUGCAGCAGCAGCAGCAGCAGCAGCAGCAGCAGCAGCAACAGCAGCAGCAGCAGCAACAGCAGCAGCAGCAGCAGCAGCAGCAGCAGCAGCAGCAGCAGCAGCAACAGCAGCAGCAGCAGCAACAGCAGCAGCAGCAAAAAACAAUCUAUCGCAGGCAGCGUCACAAGCAUCCCCAACUCAAAACCAACAGCAGCAUCACCAGCAUAACCAACCGAAACAGCAACACCAACAGCAGCAGCAGCAGCAGCAGCAGCAGCAGCAGCAGCAGCAGCAGCAGCAGCAGCAAGCAGCAGCAGAGUUGCUGCUUCCUCUCCCUGGUCGCGGCUCUGCUGCAGGACUGCAGCAACAACCAACUGCAGCAGCAGCAGCAGCAACAGCAGCAGCAGCAGCAGGGACAGCAGCAGCAACAGCUGCAAUUCAAUCAACAGAGUGGUAAGAGUAAGCGGAAAGGAAAAGGGAAGCAACAGCAGCAACAGCAACAGCAACAGCAGCAGCAACAGCAGCAGCAGCAGCAGCAGCAGCAGCAGCAAGCAGCAGAUGACUUGCUGCUGCCCCCUUCUGGUGAUUUUCUACGCUAUACAGCGAAAGACUUCGAGGUGGUGUGUAUAGACACCCUAAGACGCAUCGACAGCUUGAAGCAGGGCCCCCUUGUGGGGGGCCCCCUUGGGGGGCCCCUGGGGGGCCCCCUUGGUGGACCCUUCGGGGGGCCCCUGGGGGGGCCCCUGGAGUAUGAGGGGCCCCACUUUCACCCUGGGGGGCCCCCGGGGCCCCUCAACCAAACGCAUGCAGCUGAGUAUUAUGCAGCUAAAUUCCCGCUUAGAGAUCUUGCAGCAGCAGAAGCCUCUCCUGCUGCUGCUGCUGCUGCUGCUGCUGCUGCUGCUGCUGCUGCAGCUGCUGCUGCAGCUGGACGGACCGCAGCAACACCCCCCGGGGCAUCAGCAGCAGCUACCACCGCAAGUCUAAGAGAUCUCGCAGCAGCAGAAGCCUCUCCUGCUGCUGCUGCUGCUGCUGCUGCAGCUGGACGGACCGCAGCAACACCCCCCGGGGCAUCAGCAGCAGCUACCACCGCAAGAAGAGCAGCAGCAGCAGCAGCAGCCCGAACCCCAGCAACACGAACCCCAACCCCAACACCAACCCCAACAACACCAACCCCAACAGCAGCAGCAGCAGCAGCAGCAGGAGCAGCAGCAGCAGCAAAGGUGCCUUUUGGUGUAUAUCGUCAGGAUCUGUGUAGAAAGUAUAUAUCGGGUUUAUUUUUUUUGCUGCACUACUACCACAGUGGGGCCCCCUCGUGGGCUUGGUGUUACCCCCACAGCUACGCCCCCUUGGCCUCAGACUUGGGGGCCCUCGACCCGCAUGCAUUGAAGGUCACCUUGCCGCAUGCAGCCCCAAUCUCUCCCUAUCAACAGCUCCUAGCUGUCCUGCCCCCCAGCAGCAGCAAACUCCUACCCAAACCCUAUAGACGCAUUCAUACAGCAGCACCAGCAGCACCAGCAGCAGCAGCAGCAGCUGCAGCAGCAGCAGCAGCAGCAGCAGCAGCAGCUGAAACGGAAAGAAGAACUGCAACAGGGAAUGCAGCAGCAGCAGCAGCAGAAGGAAACGCAGGGCAAAAUGCUGCAGCAGCUGCAGCAGCUGGGAAAACGGGGAUACAUGCAGCAGCAGCAGGAGACGGGCAACCACAAGCAGCAGCAGCAACAGCAGCAGCAGCAGCAGCAGCAACAGCAGCAACAGCAGCAGCAGAGAACUCAAUAAAGGAGCUGUUUCCCUCUUCCUUUCUAGUCGAUCCCUGCCCCCUGCAGGCGAUCCCGUAUCCAGGCAAGGCAGCAGAGCUUGAUGAGGAGCCGCCUGCAGCAGCAGCAGCAGCAGCAGCAGCAGCAGCAGCAGCAGCAGCAGCAGGAAAGGAAGCAGCAGCAGCAGCAGCAGCAGCAGAUGCUGCAGUUACUGCAGCAUAUAAAGAAGGAAAAAAAGCAUUAGAGAGAGCACUACAAAGAAAACCAACACAAGACAAAACAACACAGCUGCCUGAAUGGCUACACAGACCCAUCAUUCCUUUCCUUAAUAUGCAGCGGCUGCGUGCUGCUGCUAAAGAAGCAGCAGCAGCAGCAGCAGCAGCAGCAGCAGCAACAGCAGCAGCAGCAGCGGCACCGGCAGCGGCCGAUACACCAGCACAAGAGACCCCCACCUCAUGA